AUGGUUCGGACUUGUGUAGUUUGCCGUAAAUCAAACUUCAAUGAAGAUGUGUCAUUUCACAUGUAAGUGCAUCAUAAUGGUAAUGGUUAUCUUUAUUUAUAAUUAUUAUUAUUAGGUUCCCAUUGAAUGAAAAAAGAAAGCAAAAAUGGAUGAUUGCCUUGGGGCUUAAAAGUACUGCAAAGUAUCAAUACAUAUGUUCAAAACAUUUUACUAAAGACUCCUUUAGAUUCAGUAAUAAAAAAAAACUACUACAUCCAAAGGCUAUUCCUAAACUGUAUGUUAAUUCAAAUUGUAUGCAUAUACAAUUUAAAAUAAUUAAAAUAUGAUUAUAUAUGUAUAUUAUCUAACUUAUUGUUUUAGUACUGCUGCAGAGUAUGAGACUUCAUUAUUACUUAAUAAUAUUGAUGAUCCGUGUUCUCGAAAUAAAUUUCACACCAUAUCGACUAUGUCAAAUGAGUAAGUAUUUUUAAAAUUUCACUAUAAAAUAGCAUCCUUAAUCAAAACUUUUUAUUUUAGUGAAUCAGAAAUUGUUAUUAAGGAACAUUUUUCUCCUAGUAAACUUCUUGUUCAACCUAAUAACUCAAAUGAGUAAGUAUUUUUAAAAUUUUACUAUAAAAUAGCAUCCUUAAUCAAAACUGUUUAUUUUAGUGAAUCAGAAAUUUUUAUUAAGGAACAUUUGUCUCCUAGUAAAUUUCUUGUUCAACCUAAUAGCUCAAAUGAGUAAGUAUUUUUAAAAUUUUACUAUAAAAUAGCAUCCUUAAUCAAAACUGUAUAUUUUAGUGAAUCAGAAAUUAUUAAGGAACAUUUUUUUCCUAGUAAAUUUCUUGUUCAACCUAAUAGCUCAAAUGAGUAAGUAUUUUUAAAAUUUUACUAUAAAAUACCGUUCUUAAUCAAAAUUGUUUAUUUUAGUGAAUCAGAAAUCGUUGUGGAUGAACCGUGUUUUUCAGUUUACUGUCAAGACCUAAAUGAAACAGGUAACAAUUAUUUCUAG